AUGGUCUCGCGCCUCAACCGCCUCCCGUACGACUACUACACCCUCCCCUUCUGCGCACCCUCCGCCGCACAGCAGGCAAGCGCCGCCACCUCCAAGGACGUCCGCACCCUCGGCCUCGGCCAGAUCCUCCAGGGCGAGAGGGCCCGCCUCACCCCCCACACCCUCCACCUCCUCCAACAUCUCCCCUGCGCACACGUCUGCACCGCAAACUUCUCCGUCCCCAACCUCAACUUGCUCGCCGCUAGGAUCCUCAAGGGCUACCGCGUCCGCCUCACCCUGGAUGACCUUCCCGUCGUCGUCCGCCGCCCCACGGGCAGCUACCGCCUGGGCUAUCCCCUCGGCGAUUCCGCCGCCUCCACACGCCACAUUGAGGUCACCAACCAUCUCGCCUUUUCCAUCAUGUACCACAUCCCGGACGAGUACGAGAAGCUCAGCCUUACCUCACGCUACGCCACCCCGGAGACCGUCUACCGCAUCGUCGGCUUUGAGGUCACGCCCAUGUCGGUCGCCGACAAUACGUGCCCCGCAACGGGCAACCUCGACGUAAAGGGGGGCCCGUUUGUCAUCCCCGCGGAACAGCGCAUGCGGAAGCCUACCGAGAUCCCUUUUACGUAUACCGUCCAAUUUGUGAAGAGCGACGUGCGCUGGGCCACAAGGUACGAUACCCUGCUCAAGGUGUCGUCGGGGAGGCAGACGAUGCAGAUGUUUGCCAUCGUCAACUCCAUGAUGCUGGCCCUCUUUCUCACAGCCUCCCUCGCUGUUGUCCUGUUCCGCACGCUGAGAAGGGACUGCGCGCGGUACGGCAUUGCGCCCGGGGAGAUUAUGGACGACUUUAAUGAUGACUUUGACAAUGACGUCGGGUGGCGCAUGCUGCGGGGUGACGUCUUCCGAGCGCCCGCGGCGGUCGGCAUGCUGUCUGUCCUGUGCGGAUCAGGCGCACAGCUGGUGGUGGUGAGUAUAGUGACGCUGGCGUUUGCGUUGCUAGGGAUAGUGAGCCCGCAUCGCAGAGGGAAUCUGAUCAGCGGGCUGCUGUUCUUCUGGGUUGUGUCGAGCGGGAUAGGCGGGUACGUUGCGGCGAGGCUGCACAAGGCCAUGGGCGGUGUGCGGUGGAAGUUGGUGACGUUUGGGGUGGCGCUGGUGCUUCCCGGAGUGGCGUUUUCGACAUUUUUCGUCGUCAACUUGUUCGUGUGGAUGAUGGGGUCGAUCGGAGCGGCGCCGUUCCUGACAAUGUUUCUGUUGCUGUUCUUGUGGCUGGGCGUGUCCGUGCCGCUGGCUUUUGCCGGGACAUAUCUAGGGUAUCGGCGGAAGGCGUACGACUUUCCGGUGCGGACAAACCAGAUUCCGCGGCCGAUUCCAAGGCAGCCUAAAUAUUUAAGUUCACCGUGGGUGCACAUGAUUUCGGGGAUUCUCCCGUUUGGAGUGGUGUGCAUUGAGCUGCGGGUGAUCCUCAACUCGAUCUACUUGGACGAAUUUUAUCAUUUCUUUGGAUUCCUCGUGGCGGUGUUCACGAUCCUGGCGAUCACGUGCGCCGAGGUGAGCGUGGUGGUGGUGUUCAUCAAGCUCAGCAACUGCGACUACGGGUGGUGGUGGAACAGCUGGUUUGCGUCGGCCAGUUCUGGCUGCUACGUGCUGCUGUACAGCAUCUAUUACUUACUGACGAGCCCCGGGGCGGACGCGAAAAACGUGGUUUCCAACUUCCUCUUCCUCGCUUACUCUACUCUGGGCUCGAUCUGCUUCGGUCUUCUCACGGGGACAAUCGGGUUCCUCUCGUCACUCGCGUUCGUGCGACGGAUAUACAGCGACUCGGUCGACGAUUAGAAGUGUUGAUUGUAAAAACCUGCAUAGUGCGGCACGGAUGAAAUUUUGUUUGUAAA